AUGUCUUCGUCGUACUAUGAGCCGCAGGGCUGGCAAGCUCCCGCUGCGCGCCAGGUCUCGUGGGAGCAGCCGGUGCCGCCCUCCCGGUCAGGUUCGAGCUCUGUUUCCCAGCGCGAGGAUAGCCCGGCUUUCUCUUCCCAGUUUGACGAGGUCGAUCGUGCGAUCGACAAUCUCGUCAAGAGCGGCAAGCUGUGGAAUGCUCCUCGCCGGGACUCGAUGCCCAUGAUGAUGGGCCGUCCCUAUCCUGAGUACGGUAGGUGGCCGGCUGCCCCCAACCGUCGAAGACCCGCGCAUGGGUGGUGCCCCCCGCGACACCAUUCAAUCAGCGAGUUCGACAACUCACGAGUGCACCCCUCGGGCAAUGCACAGGGCUUCUAUGCCUCGCAGCGCUACCAGGGCCGCCCGAAUGAAGUAGAGCAGAUGAUGCAGGCGAAGCGUCGGAUGGCGGCACAGCGAGAACGGGAGCUCCGCAACUAUCACCAGGAGCAGCAGUACAACCGAAGCCUCCUCGCCGAGAUGUCUGCAACCAAAUCCGAUCGCUCCAGCAGCCCCGCGGCAACGAGUGAAGAGAGCCGCCGCGACCUCCUGGCUCGCCAGCACCGCGCCCUGUACGGCAACGAGAGUCCUGCCUUCUUUCCCCCCGGCCCACUGUCUGACGACAACUCCAGGGCCGACAGUCAAGCCGCUGGCACCCCCUCGUCGGCCGUCCGUGGACCAUCUCCUCGUGGGGUUGACCCAUUCGGCCUGACCCCGGCCGGGGGUGCUGCCCCUGCGGAUGGAGCGCCCGGUCUCCAGUCGCCGCCCCGCGCCAACAGCACCUCCUCGCCCAGCUCCGCCAUUAACGCCGGCUUCCCUGAGCAGCCCGGCACGUCGACCUCCUCGCCCGGCGCCGACUCGCACUCUUCUCGCCAGGGGGCCCCCAAGUCGACCGCUGGCCCCAUUGGAUCCGUCGGCCCCAUCGGUUCUCGCCCCCUUCCCGGCCAAACCGCUGCUCCGGCCUCGAACCCGACCCUUAACAAGCAGCGCUCGACCACUCCUCUGCCCUCGCCACUGGGCUUCGGCUUCAUCCCUGGGGAGGCUGCCGCCGUCGCUGGCAACGAGCGGUCCGCGUCCGCGUCCACAUCCAACCCGGCCGUGACCGCUACCACCAGCGCCCCGAGCGCCAAGGACUCGUCCACUGGUGGUGUUGGUCUAGGUUGGAGCAACGGCAGCGGCGUCUGGGGCUCGAAGGGCGGGCUGGGCGUACAGGCCUCCGUUUGGGGCUAA